GGGGCCCGAGUCUGGGUCAAAGAGAAGGAGCAGCUCGUUCCCGCCACUGUAAACUCCUGUGGAGAUGGAACCCUUGUGGUCACAACCGACUAUGGAGAGGUGUUGUACUUGCAGCAGGCCGAGGUCACCAGGGAGCGGGUGUACGCCAUGCACCAGUCCAGCAUUGACGGGGUGGAGGACAUGUCGGCGCUGGCUGAGCUGCACGAGGCCGCCAUCAUGCACAAUCUGUACCAGCGCUACCAGAAGGAUAACAUCUAUACUAAUAUCGGCAGCAUCCUGGCAGCCGUCAACCCCUACAAGCAGAUCUCGGGUCUGUAUGACCUAGAGAGGGUGGACCUUUAUUCCAAGCACCAUCUAGGAGAGCUCCCGCCGCACAUCUUUGCUGUGGCCAACGAAUGCUACCGCUGCAUCUGGAAACGUCACGACAGCCAGUGUGUCCUCAUCAGUGGUGAAUCAGGUGCAGGGAAGACAGAGAGCACUAAACUGUUGCUGCAGUUCCUGUCGGUGAUGAGCCAGAAAUCAGCCGGGACUCCUCAAUCAGAGAAAACCACACGAGUGGAGCAGGCCAUCGUGCAGAGCAGUCCGAUCAUGGAGGCGUUCGGUAACGCAAAGACUGUUUACAACAACAACUCCAGUCGCUUUGGGAAAUUCAUCCAGCUCCACUUCUCUGAGAGCGGCAACAUCCAGGGAGGCUGUGUCAUCGACUGUAUCCUUAUUUUUACACAACAUAAGUUUAUUUACAUCAGAUAUUUACUGGAAAAGAACCGCGUGGUACGACAAAACCCCGGAGAACGAAACUACCACAUCUUCUACGCUCUGCUGGCGGGAGCUAACAAAGAGCAUAAAAGCCUCUACUUCCUCGAGGACCCCGCAGAAUCUUUCCACUACCUCAGCCAAUCAGGAUGUCUGAAGGACAAGAGCCUGAAUGACAAAGAACUGUUUAACAGCGUUAUGGAGGCGCUGAAGGUGUUGGAGUUCACAGAGGAGGAGAUCAGAGACAUGUUCAAGCUGCUGUCAGGAGUCUUACAGCUGGGGAACAUCGAGUUCAUGACUGCAGGAGGAGCUCAGAUCACCACGAAGCAAGUGGUCAGUAAUGCCAGUGAGCUGCUGGGCCUGGAUGCCUUCCAGCUGUCUGAAGUCCUGACUCAGCGAUCCAUAAUACUCAGAGGAGAGGAAAUCUGUUCCCCACUCACUAUAGAGCAGGCUGUGGAUUCCCGGGACUCUGUUGCCAUGGCGUUAUAUUCCCAGUGUUUCUCCUGGAUCAUCCUCAAGAUCAAUCAGAAAAUCAAAGGGAAGGAAAACUUUAAAUCCAUCGGCAUCCUUGAUAUCUUCGGCUUUGAGAACUUUGAGGUCAGAUCUCAGGAAAAUUGA